AAGGUUGAUGGGGAAAUGAGCGUACACUGCACGCAUCUUCAGCCGGUAGCCCUUGGGUGGGAAAUACGAGGGAAGAGGGAGGAAGGGAAGGACAUUUAUGCUCAUAAAGGUCCAACAGCACCUGCGCUUACAUAUAAGAAGAUCAAAGGAAUAUGGGUACGUAUCAGAAAGCACUGUUUUGCACAAAGGUUGAGAGAUGCUCAUGGAUAGAUGCUCAUGGAUAGAGAUAACAGGGCAGGGAGGGAGAGAGGAGGAGGAAGGAAGCAUGUCAAGAGAGUGAAUGUGAAAAAAAAAGAGCGAAGCAAGCCAAUCUCACAUAGAGGACUCCCUUGAAGAGGUUCUCGAUGUGG